AUGUCAGUGCCUACUAGGGUCCUUGAGAAUGGCCAGUGGAUCACAAGAUGGGUUGAUCCCUACCAGCUCCUUUCCCAGAAUCGAGUCCAACAUGCAGGAAAUACGAAGCCAGCUGUGACGACCGAGGCUGCUCCAUGCAAGGCCAUCUUGACACAGACCUUGGUCCAGUCUCCAAUUCUGAAGAGCAUCCAUUCCGCUAGAAUUCGACAUCGUUCUAGGAACGAUAUUGUUUAUAUCACGGAGAACGCUGUCCACAUCAAGGAAGCAUACGCUGUCAAAGUUAAAGAAGAACAUGCCGUCCAAUUUCAAGCCGCACAAUGGAAGUACUAUCUCGAAUCGGUGAAAGUAAAAAACGAUUUCGACUCAGGCAUCAGGACUUCAGCGGUUUUUGGUCUAUCGAAAAGAUCAAGCAAGCCCCUCCUAAACCCUCUUGACAUCCAUAACGACCCCUUGGGUACUCAACUUCCUAGCAAUAUGCGUAUCAGAACUACCGAAGAGAAGUACAGCGAUCAGAUGCUGGAAGACGAUAUACUUGACCCAAGCUCCGAUGAAGCCGAGACUGGUAUCGUCAUCACCAAAGACUCGCAAGCUGUACCUGAGGUUCCCUCUUGUUGCGACAGUAGGCAUCCGCGUCACCAUAUCCUCCCACCGCAGGUCCUUGUACUCAUCUUAGAAAAUGCCAAAAUUGUUUUUCUUUAUGCCAUUUCUGGACCGUCACGAGUAAUUGCUGUUGGGGCCCACGAAGGUGUCUUCCGUGUCUACACACUCAAAUCGAGGGACAUACUCCGCAAGGAGCUCCAAUCAAGCCCCUUUCUAAGGCCGAUAGAGUCCGAACGAUCGUUCACGGUCGAUGGUAUCAUUCUUAAUAUGGAAUUUUUGCAUCCGACCAAGUCAGACGAGGAACACGCAAUAUUGCUACUUGUGGUGUCAAGAGACGGCAGAAGCAGACUAAUGUGGUAUGAAUGGAACAUCAAGAUCGCCUUACGUGACGCACAAAUCAACCCCAGUACGUAUGCGCUAGCCGCAGAGAAUCGCUUACCGGUGCUCUUGAUCCCACUGCUAUCAUUUAACGCGUUUGCGAUUGUGGGUGAGUCCUGUAUUACGAUUUACAAGGACCUUCUAAAAGGAAUUCCUGAUGUCUUCUCCCACCGGCUUGCGCUUCCUGAUGAGACAAAGGAAGUGCAGGAUUUGCCACAUUCGAGAAAUCAUCCGCUGUGGGUCCAGUGGGCGCGCCCUAUGAGAAGUCCUACGGAAAAAGCAGGUGAGAAUAUAUAUCUCUGUCGCGAGGAUGGGGUCGUACACUACAUUGAAUUCAAAUGUAACCGUCAGUCAAUGCUCGAAAGCUCUCACAACGCCGGCAAGCUUGGAACCACCGUCAACACCUCCUUUGCAGUCAUCGAUUUCGGACUUAACACCGAUGACCUCAUAGUAGCUGGUAGCGACUCGAGUGCUGAAGGUGUCUGGAGAUUUCCGGCCCGACAAACUGUAGAGGACCUUUCGACCCUCACAGGCUGGAUAUCGCUGAAUGACUGCACAUCUACAUUGGUCAGACAAGAACCUUUUCAGCGAUCAGUUGCAGAUGUGGUUUGCCCCAAUGCCCGAAGCUGCAGUCGUCUUUACGCAAGCACAGGAAGAGCGCAAGGUGGUUGUGUGAGUGAGCUAAAUCAUGGCCUUCAGGCUGCUAGGUCUGUGGAUUUAAUAGAUUUGAAAGGUGUGAUCGAUACCACAAGUCUAGAGGUGUUCAUUUUGUGCGCUCUCAAAGAAGCCACGCUUGCUCUAAUCUCACAUCCUGCAAGCUCGUCAUUACUGUUAAUAACGGACGGCGCGGAUCCCGAACUUUUGCAAGACUUGAAAGGCUUUAUUUUAGAUUCGAAAACAAUAGUAGUAAAAUCAAUAUCGGAGGGUGUGGUAUGUCAGGUAACGAGCAGAUCAAUUUCGAUUUUUGAUAUACAAUCUGCAACGAAGGUUGAUAUUCAAUGGAAACACACCUUUGAAGGUCUCGAUGAAGAAAUCAUUGCAGCUUGUGUGGAAGGCAACAGUAGGCUUUGUUAUCUCGCAAUCGCGUUGAGGCAAGGCGAAGAUUUCAUAUUGGUAGUGUUUUUCUCCGAUAUGACUCAUGAGAUGCACUCCACGCACUUGGAGCUUUCUGCUAGGCCAACAUGUCUUGCAAUGCUUGAUACAGGCGACUCACGAAUCUUGUUCAUCGCAAAUGACCAAGGAGGGCUUCAAGCCAUCAGGGGCUCUUCUAACGGCUCAGUUCUGAACCUUUGCAAGCUUGGUGAGUGGCAUUUCAAAGGGCUCUUCGAAGUCUGCGAUACGAUUGUAUCGGUCAAAUCGAAUAGGGGCAAACAAGCGAGUGUCUUCAUCUUUUGUGGACUUCGGAAUGGUCAAAUCCAUAUUCUGGAUCUGGAGCACAGCACUGGGCAAUUUCAACCACUCGAACAAAUAUUCCUGGGCCUCACCUCAGUCUCUGUAAAGGCCAAUAUGUCAAGUCCUGCCACAGUGAUCGCUCAUUGCGGUGAGAGCCUCUACACUGUCGGAUGGUCAGCAUGGUCAAACAGUAUAUCUCCCACUGAAGUCAAACGUAUUAUUGUGGAUCGAACCUCCAGUCCUAGCUCAGAGAAAAGGGAUGUCCUUGCUUUUGCGCACGCAGAUGCGCUCCCAGAGUGGCAACAUUCAAUGCAAGGUACCGUGGCUGCGUUAGGAUCGAACAUGCUGCAAUUUCUCAUUUUAGUCAAUGGAGAGGUCAGUGUUGUUUCCAAACAAUGGCGGCUAAAUGGUACUCCGAGAACGUGUAUGUUCUCGAGACGCUUGGGCAAGAUUAUAGCCCUUUCCGCAGAAACUACCAUCGUUCGUCAAAUGAGAGCAAUGGCACCGCGGCGGCACGCUGGGAGAAGGACAAGCCGCCCGGUUGUGUCAUUUAUAGAUGUGAAUGAAAACAAUACAAAGAAGAAACUCGGCAGUGAGGAUCCAGACGCAAUGCAGCUCGACGAAGAGACGCCAACAGAAGGCACGUGUCCUUGUCAGAUUAUCGGUAGCAGGCCCGGAGAAGUCUUUCUCGGGAUGACAGAAUGGUUUCCAAGAGUUGCAGAGAAUGAGUACCACUUGCUCGUCUUCAAUACUAUGAUUAUGUUCCGCCACAGAGCUCCAGCAGGACGACUCGUGCUCUGUGCGGUCACGGAAGGAGACAAUCCAGCCCCAAAACUAGCAGCAAAGGUGAGCUUCAGUACAACCUCACCCGUGUACGCUGCGAUACCGCACCAGAACGCAACCUCGAUUAUUUAUACUACCGGAAUAGAGCUGGUGGUGAUUAAGUUGGAUGCUAGUCCCAACGGCAUUAGGUUUGAAGAGGAGUGCAAAAUUGCUCUAAGAUCACCUGGAAGGCGCAUCACUAUGGUGGAGCCAUAUAUUUAUGUCUCUACCGCGGAAAACUCUUUACAAGUCUAUCUUUAUCAAAAUUGUCAAUUGAGCCACUGGCAAGGCGAUGCGAUCGCCCGUCCAGGCAUUUUUCAUGUUACCUUACCGAAGAAGGGUGUGAUUCUCACUUCUGAUCGAAACGGCAAAGUUCACGGCCUAUGGCAACCAUCAGUACGGCGUGCGGACAAUACCCUGGCCACUAUCUUUGAAGCUUUUUUACCAAGAACUAUCACGCGCUUGAUUCCCAUUCAGUGUCCUUCACACGUAGAAACCAUGCUACUUCCUAAUGGUUCGAUCCUUCUGCAAUCAGGUUCGCCGGACAACGCAAUGAACGACGCUAGUCUUUCGAGUCUUCUACCCCAUGGAGCGAUUGCAGACACUCGCUCGGAUGCCGUGAUAGGAAUUAGCGUCGACGGAACGUUGACUCAACUUCUAGUCAUUGAUAAAGGUUGGCGGCUUCUCAAAUUCAUUCAGAGCCUGGCCUAUGAAAGCACAAUUAUUUGUCCGUUCAAGACUGCCGGUCACCAAAAUGAUGAGGCUUCUGCGAAAAAUUCGCAAUCUAUGCACAUUAACGGGGAUAUUCUGAAAAGGCUGCUGUGCAGAGGUGCAGAUGCAUUGUUGUUAGCUAUGCUCGACGAACCGACUCAACCAGAGGGGGACCACCAUACAGAAAAUGUGACCGCACAAGAGAAGUGGGACCACUUCAAGAAACUGGCAGCGGAAGUGCUGUCCGAUGAAGUGUGUAAAAGUGGAAGCAAGGACAAAUUGGUAGGAGCAUUGUGCUCUCUACGUAUGCCUCCCCCAAAUAGGAUGCUGGACGAUUUGAUCAGCUCACGCCCAUCACCAAGGAACCCCGGAAACAGCGUCUAUUUCAGCUUCUUCUUUGGCCUGAAGUGGUCAUCACAGUCAGCUUUAGCUUUCUGGUCUAUCAAUACAGGCUCCCUACCUUAA